AUGAACUGUAGUACCAACUCCGCCACUCUGUCCUGGACUGCCAGUGCUAACGCAGUGUCCUACAGAGGCAGGGCUUCAGGCAGAGAUGGACACAAUGUGACGUGUGAUGUCAGAACUCCAGGGUGCCAGUUAAACGGCCUGCACUGUGGACAGGACUAUGUGUUUGUUGUAACCGCUUCUGACGGAAGCUGUGAAAGUCCAGACAGCAUCAAGAACAGUCAUGAGACAGCACCAUGUGCCCCUAAGAGUGUGUCCAGAUUCCUGGAUUGUGCCUCUAACAGCCUGAACAUAAGCUGGGCUCUUGGUCUCACAGCUCUAAACUACACCGUCCUCGCCAGGACUACAGGUGGCACUGAUCUCAGUUGUAUCACAAUGAGCUCCGGUUGUAUCAUCACUGGACUGCAGUGCGGUAAGAACUACACCGCUGUGGUCACAGCAAACAACGGAGAGUGUCCAGGGCCAGAGAGUGUGACCCAUCCUGUCCAAACAGUGCCGUGUAUUCCCACGUCAGUCCAGGCCAAUGUGGAGUGUGUGAGUAACACAGUGAGGGCAUCAUGGGGUCCGGCAGCUGGAGCUUUGUCCUACACUGGUGUUCUGACAGGCCCGGGCCAUUACAAUGAAUCCUGCCUGACCUCUGGCCUCUCCUGCUCCUUUAGGGGUCUGACCUGUGCACAAACCUACAUGCUAAAUGUCAUCUCUCAAGACAGCCAAUGCAACAGCCCAGUCAGCCCCAAUGUCUCUGUCACAGCAGCUCCCUGUGACCCUGAGAGCGUGACUGCAAUGCUCAAGUGUGACUCUCGUACAGUAAAUGUGUCGUGGCAUGCUGCCGCUGGUGCCAGCAUUUACACGGUCCUGGCACAAACACAGAAUCAGAGCAUUCCUUCCUCUUCCUGUCGUACCUCCGCCACUUCCUGUGACCUCUCACAAAUCCACUGUGGGGAGGUUUUUAAUGUCACAGUUCUUGCCGAUGACGGAGCCUGCAACAGCUCAGCAUGGGCCAGCACUACACUGGAGUCAGCUCCAUGUCCUCCGACAAUGAGGCCACCUUCACUGAACUGCAGCACCAAUGUGGCCCUGGUGUCCUGGGCGGAGGACCCAGAUGCUGUGAGUGUCCAUGUCAAUGCCACCUCUGUCCUGGGACACACUGUCACCUGCAGCUCUUCUGCAAACAACUGUUCCAUGGAUGCCUUGCUAUGUGGUCAGACGUAUAGUGUGUAUGGUGUGGCCAAGGGCCCUCAGUGUGAGAGUGCACCUAGUGCUCCAUUCAGUAUUGUCACAGCCCCCUGCACCCCAGCCGAAGUGAAUGCUAACUACAGCUGUGGCACCAGCACAGAGCUGAGCUGGACUGACAGUCUGGGCCGAGAGAGCUUCUAUGUGCUUGCACAGACGAACGGUCACUCAGACUCCUGCAGCACUGUUCAAACCCACUGCUCCAUCAAUUCACUGAGAUGUGGAAGUCUUUAUAAUGUCUCUGUGGAAUCAAUCUCUGGACACUGCAACAGCAGCCACGCAGCCCGCACGCAGCUUCAGACAGCCCCUUGUGCCCCAAAUAAUGUGACUGUAAGACUACAGUGUUUGAACAACACUGCCGUUGUGUCUUGGGAGGGAAGUCCUGGUGCUGUGGGCUAUAACGUCACUGCUGUGGGACAUGAUGGUGAUAUCAAGCACAGUACCGUCAUUGGCACCAGUUGUCAACUACCCAACAUGCACUGUGGUCAGACCUAUGACAUUGUAAUUACACCCUUCUCUCAGACAUGCGUUGGGUUCCCGACUGCUCCCUACACUUUCAAUGCAGGUUCCUGCCCUGCCAGCGAUGUUCAAGUUUCUCUACAAUGCCAUGGUAAUGUGGGACAUGUCCGCUGGACUGCUGCCCAAAAUGCUGAAAGUUACAUUGCCAUGGCAAAGGGUAUGGAUGGCCAUACUCACACUUGCACCUCCAAUGGCACCAACUGCACCUUCAGUGAUCUGCACUGUGGUGAGAUCUACACUGUUACAGUGGCCACGGUCGAACGUGGCUGUCAGAGUCCACCCAGCACAGCUGUCAAUCUAAAAUCAGUUAUCUGCCCACCCUUGGAUUUGGCUGGUUACACCAACUGUGCUACAGAUGACAUCAGCAUUACAUGGCACCCCAGCCCAGAGUCUGGAGUCACUUACUUCCUGUUCAUCCAUCAGGUGGAUGGGCUGAACUCCACCUUCACCACAACACAAACCUCAUAUGUUCUGACAGGGUUGCACUGUGGAAUGAGUUUCAUCGUACAAGCAGCUGCUCAGGACAGCACCUGCACCAGUCCAUACGGAAGCCCAACACAGAUCUACACAGCUCCCUGUCCACCUAGUAACCUGACAGCUGCUGCUAGCUGUGGCACAAACAGGGCCACCAUCACCUGGCUGAACGGUACAGGGGUGCACUCCUAUACUGCCAAUGUGGUGGGAAACAAUGGACAAACUGUUUCUUGUACAUCCAACACCACUUCCUGUUCUGUGAAAGUUGAAUGUGGACUUGAAUAUAUAGCCACAGUGGUUUCAACAGUUGGCCUCUGUAACAGCACCAAUAACAACAGCAUCCACUUUAAAUCAGCGGAUUGCCUGCCUAGUAAUGUUAUGGCGCAGUUAGGCUGCAAUUCUAAUUUGCUAGCUGUACACUGGGACCCCAGUGCAAACAACCCUGACUCCUAUACAGCCCUGGCUAUCGGUACAGAUGGCACUCGUCUUUCCUGUAACACAAGCUCUACUUCCUGUACCAUUCAGAACUUAAGAUGUGGCCACAAAUAUAGCAUUGCCGUGACCACAUCCAAUGUCAACUGCGGAGUCAUUGAGGGUUCAGACUACCAAAUCGAGACAGCCCCCUGUCAACCAAAGAGCCCAACUGUUCAACUGCAGUGCAGCACUAACAUUGCAACAGUAACAUGGGACAAUAAUGGAGCAGAUCAGUUUGACAUGGUGACUGCACUCAACUUUACCGGUGGUGCGACAGAGUGUAAUAGCACAGAUAGGUCUUGCUCGUUUGCACAGCUACGCUGUGGUGAGUCGUACUCACUCAGUGUAGUUGGAUUCAAUGGAAACUGCACCAGUGAACCUAGCGAGAGCUUCAAUCUUAAUACAGCUCCAUGUAUGCCCACUUACGUUGUGGCGACCACAAACUGCGGCACGUCCAUAACCACUGUAACCUGGGAUUCUGCCCGUGGUGCCAGCAGUUACACUGUUAAUGCUGUGAGCACCUGGGGGAGUAACAGUACAUGCACCAACACAGACACCACCUGCUCUUUCCCAGACCUGGACUGCGGACAAAACUACACUAUAACAGUCACAGCUGAAGAUGACAACUGUGUGAGCCUGACCAGUGCACCUAUCACUGUCACAACAGACCCAUGUCCACAGUCUAAUCUACAAGUUACUCUGGACUGCAGCACUGAUUCUGCUCUGAUCUCGUGGACCCCCGGUAAGGGCAUUCUGAUUUAUAAUGCUUCUGCCAAGAGCUUUGAUGUAAAUCACCAAGUCAGCUGCAGUACACCUGGCUCUGCCUGCAAUGUCACCAACCUGCACUGUGGCAGCCGUUACCAAGUCAGUGUGAGAGGAGAAGGGCUCACCUGCCCCAGCCAAUCAGAUGACUGGAUUGCCCUCAAGACAGCACCAUGUCCACCCACUCAGGUGUCUAUCCAGUCAUCCUGUGACUCAGACACUGUGUCCGUUUCUUGGAAAGCCUCUCAGGGCUCUGUGUCAUACAUGGCUGUUGCCGAGAGCAGUGGAGGUCAAAGGGUGACAUGCAACACCAGCGACCUCGCCUGUGAUAUUACAGGCCUCCAGUGUGGACAGACUUAUCAAAUUUAUGUUUCUGGUUUUGAUGGUGACUGUAUUGGAUCCAGAAGUGAAGUUCACGUUCUUGAAACAGCCCCAUGUGUGCCUCAGAAUGUGCACCCUAUUCUGGAGUGUCAAGCUACUGUUCUCAAUGUUACCUGGCAGCAGACAGGUCAAGCCCAUCACUACCACUCCACAGUGCGGCGCAGCGAUGGUCAAGUGCUGGGGUGCGACUCUAAUACAACCUUCUGCCAAGUUCCCAACAUCGUUUGCGGACUGACUUACAGUGUGACCGUGGUCGCCUAUAGUCAAACCUGCAACAGUUCCCAAAGCUCUGUGAAACAUGUCACCUCAGCCCCUUGCCCACCAGAUGCUAUCUUUGCCAUCUUGGACUGUGAUUUAAACACUGUGUCUGUGUCCUGGGACUCUAGUGUAGAUGGUGUCCUCUACAUCGCAAAAGCCUUUUACUCCAAUAACAACAAUUACUACAUGUGUAAUACCACAGAAACCAGUUGUGAUAUCACUGUGACCUGUGGCAUGGAUUAUAAUGUGACUGUAGUGCCAUUAAGGGAUGGCUGCACUGGAGAGAACUCACCGGUCCAGUAUGUUACGGCAGCUCCUUGCAUUCCCCUCAUGUUGGACGUUGAAAUGGACUGCCUGUCUGAUUCGGCUUGGCUGACAUGGGAAGAGUCAGAAGGGGUGGAGCUCUACAUCGCCACAGCAACUGACAGUGAUGGAUUUGAGUACCAGUGUAACUCAACUGAGACCCAGUGUACAGUUGAACAGCUACAAUGUGGACGAUUCUACAACUUUAGUGUGUUUGCAUCUAACAGUCAAUGUGACAGCCCCAUGAGCAACACUUUGCAGAGCGAGACAGCCCCUUGUCCACCUCAGAAUGUGAUCACGUCUGUGGGGUGUGACACUGGUACGGUGAGUGUGUUGUGGGAUGAGAGCAUUGGCGCAUUAAGCUACACUGCCACUUUGGAGCGUACAGAUGGAGAGACCACCUGCUGCACAGCAAGUUCCACUUCCUGUGAGGUCACUUCACUUCCCUGCGGCCAGAUGUAUGUCCUGACAGUCACUGCUGAGGGAAGGACAUGCAACAGCUCUCAGAGCAUUGAGGUCAUCGUACGGUCAGUUCCCUGUAUUCCGGAGAGUCUGGUGUCAAGUACUAGCUGCAGUAAUAAUGUAGUCACCAUGUCAUGGGUGAGCAAUGAGGCUGGGGAGCUCUAUACGGUCCAGGCCUUCAGUGCUGAUGGGUUAUUCUCUGACAGCUGCUCAGGGUUUGGUCAGUCAUGUGAUCUCACAUCACUGAUAUGUGGUGAGCCUUACACUGCCACAGUAAUAGCACAGGACAGCGUCUGCACCAGCGCACCAAGUCAAGCUGCUUCAAUCAGGACAGUGCCCUGUGUGCCGGAUAAUGUGACUGCUAAUGUGAGCUGCCAAGGGAAUGAUCUGUCUGUGUUCUGGGAGGAGAGUGCAGGAGCAGACUCAUACACAGCUGUGCUGGAGAACAGUAAUGGCCAAUUCACCAGCUGUCAGAGCAUGAUCCACACCACCUGUACAGUUAACAGACUUGUCUGCGGACAAACCUACCGUGUCAGUGUGACAGCAUCAGACGGAUACUGUGACAGCUUACCCAGUGCCAUCACUGAAGUUCAGUCAGCUCCUUGUAUGCCUCGUAACAUUCGGGCACUCAUGGACUGUCAGUCUGGUGUGGCUAUAUUGUCGUGGCAGUCAAGCACUGGGGCAUUGCAAUACACAGCCACAGCAGUAAGUGAGUCUGGCCAUGUACUCAGCUGUGAAAAUAACGAAACUAACUGUGAGCUGACAGGACUGGCCUGUGGUGAGAGCUACAACAUCACUGUGUUAGCAGAAGGAGAGACCUGUAGCAGCACUGCAACCAUGAGUGGACACCUGAAUACGGGCCCUUGUGCAACUCAGAAUGUUGAAGUGCAGUACGGCGUGUCUAUUGGCCAGCUGUCAUGGGACAGAAGUACAGGUGCUUCCAUGUACACAGCGCAGGCUGCCACUGAUCUGGGAUCAGUGCUGACCUGCUCCACCAGUGACACAUCCUGUGCCCUCUAUAAUGUGUCCUGUAGUCAGACAUAUGACAUCACUGUGACAGCACACAACAAAGUCUGCCAAGGAGCUGCUGUGUCUGCAUCAAUUACUCUAAACACAGAACCCUGCCCACCCCAGAAUGUGCAAACCCAUCUGAAUUGUACAAGUGAUGUCGGGACUGUGUCUUGGGAGGAGAGUUUGGGGGCAGUGGCAUAUGUGGCUUUCCUGGAGGGUCGCAAUGGACACAUCCUGUCCUGCUCCACAACUAGCUCCAGCUGCAGUGUGACGGGGUUGAUCUGUGGAACAGUUUACAGCACUCAAGUACGCGCCAUUGGAGAAACUUACAACAGCACAGACAGCGAAACAGUUCUCUUCACAUCAGCCCCCUGUCCACCAGAUUCCAGUGCAGUCACUGUUGACAUGAACUGUGAGAAUGCCACAGCAUUGUUCAGGUGGGCCUGGAGUGGCGGAGCUGCAUCCUAUGAGCUCACUGCUAUCAGUAACAAUGGCUACAUCGCCUCCUGCAUUUCCCAAGAUAAUUUUUGUAAUAUCAGCAAACUAAACUGCGGACAGACUUACACAGUCAGGCUCACAGCAAUCAGUGAUCAAUGUCAAGUUACUCAGGAGACGGGAGUAACAUUCCAAACACGCCCCUGUGCUCCCUUGCAUGUGAACGUGGACCUUCAGUGCAAUCCUAACACAGCCAUAGUGACUUGGGAACAAAGUGAUGAUGUGCAAUACUACCUUGUUAACGCCACUCUCAGCACAGGAGAAGCAGAAACAGUUUGCAACUCUACAACUGACAAAUGUGAAAUAAGUGGGUUGCAGUGUGGAGUGGAGUACGCCUUCACGGUCAUUGCCUACAGUAGGCACUGCCAUAGUGAUGCCAGCAGCACUGUGCACAUUACAACAGAACCUUGUCAACCAACUCAGCCGACGGUUUCAGGAUCAUGUGAUAACAACACAGUUCUCUUGAACUGGAGUCAGAGCAGAGGUGCAUCAAGUUACACAGUACAUAUAACAAGCAACCUAGGAUACACAGACUCCUUCCAGACAUCUGAGUCUAUGCUAACAGUGGAGCUUCUUUGUGGACAGACCUACACCUUCACAACAUUGGGGGAAAAUGAUGUCUGUGGCAGCAUACCAAGCACUCCCUCACAUUUCACGACUGCCCCAUGUGUGCCAUACCACAUUGAGACCUAUGCAGAGUGUGAAAAUAACCUGGGAGCUGUUAGCUGGGCUGGCAGUGAUGGCGCAGAUAUUUACACCGCCAUUGCUGUAGGACAGGAUGGCCACACGCACGUCUGUAUAACAAAUACAACUUUCUGUAUCUGGGAGGAACUGCACUGUGGAGACGUUUACUUUGUCCAAGUCAUUGCCAAUGCCCAAAUCUGCAACAGUGAGCCCAGUGAUGGCACAGUCAUCCACAUGGCUCCAUGUGUCCCUCAAAAACUGGUGUCCUCUUUCGACUGUGACAUGAGAGUGGCUUCUCUCACCUGGGAAGCAAGUGAAAAUGCUGAGAUGUACCUGGUGUCUGCAGAAUCUGAUAGCGGUCACCAGGUGGAACUCUCAACGAAUGCCACAAGUGCACAAUUCUCUGAGUUCAACUGUGGUCAGCAAUACUAUCUGACUGCGCAAGCUGUGGGAAAUGUAUGUAGAAGCGUCCCCAGUAAUGCUUCAGUACUUAAGACAGAGCCCUGUACUCCAGCAGUUGUCGUUGGCUUUAUGGACUGCAUCUCCAACAUUGCUACUGUAUCUUGGGAGUUAGCUGAAGGUGCAGAAUACUACACAGCAACAGUUCAUGGCCCAGAUGGGCCUUUGGAAACAUGCAUGUCCUGGUCAUCAAGCUGUGGAAUGCCGAAACUGUCCUGUGGUGAAGCAUACAAUGUUAGCGUGAUUGCCUCCAGUCGCCAGUGUAAAUCAACACCCAGUGCGCUAAGCUCUCUUAACUCAGUGCCCUGCGUUCCUACAGGUGUGACUGUGGUGCUGGACUGUGAUACUGCCGAGGCACAUGUGUCUUGGAAUGCAAGCAUUGGGGCGUUGAAAUAUGUUGCUUAUUCCUGGAGCAGAACAUUCAACUUCAUGUCCUGUGAGACCUCUGGGCCUGUUACACAUUGCACGCUUGGUGAUCUCAUCUGUGGAGAUAAUUACACUGUUCAGGUGAUUGCUGUUGGAGAUGAAUGCACCAGUUUGCCCAGUCAAGCAGAAAACUUCCGCACAGUUCCCUGUGCUCCGGAGGUUACUGCUACACACCUGGAGUGCUACACUGACUCUGCACUGCUGCAGUGGACUCCCACUGAUGGGUCUAUUUCCUACACUGCUGAUGCCAGGACACCAGAGGGGCUCGUCUCCACCUGCUCCAGCAACUCCACUAACUGUGAACUGAGGGGACUAGCCUGUGGACAGACAUACAAUGUUACUAUGGUAUCAUAUGAUGGACUUUGUCACAGCAUGCCUGGCACAGCCCUGGCAGUGGCAUCAGUACCCUGUCCACCUAAGAAUGUGGAGUUGAAUUUGCUCUGUUCUUCAAACUCUGCCCACGUUCAGUGGAAUGCUGGUUCAGGGGCAGAAUCAUUCGAGGUGCAUGCCAUUAGCACAGAUGGCCAGAUGACAGGAUGUGACAGCACAAAUACUUCCUGUCUUAUGCCUAACCUUGUAUGCGGUUCCAUUUACAACAUCAGUGUGCUUGCCAUUGGCCACAAGUGUAAUGUUUCAAGGAGUGAGAUCACAACACUGCAUUCAGUUCCAUGUAUUCCCAACCACAUUCAGGCAAACCUGAGCUGUGGAUCUGGUGUGGUUGAUGUGUCCUGGCAGCCGAGCCAGGGAGCUCUCUCUUAUACUGCUGUUGCUCAGGGCAGCGGGGGCUUUGCGUCUUCAUGCAACAGCAGUAGCACUGUAUGCGAGUUUAGUAAUCUACUGUGUGGACUCACGUACAGCAUCAGCGUGACUGCCUCCGACCACGUGUGUACAAGCGCACCAAGUAAUAGUGUACAGUUGGACACAGUUCCGUGUGAGCCACAUGGAAUCAUGGCUCAAAUGGAGUGUAGCAGCCACACAGGUGUAGUGUCCUGGGAACAAGGAGACCGCGUUGCCUCCUACCUGGUCCAAGCAUCCAGUCCAGAUGGGCACCAAACAUAUUGUAGCAGCCCCACCACCAGCUGCAGAUUACCCAGCUUGCAUUGUGGCCAAGCCUACAACCUCACGCUCACCGCCCAGGACAGCCACUGUAACAGCCAGAAUGCCUUUUCACAAUUACAGUCAGUUCCAUGUGCACCUACCAGUGUGCAGACUUCUCUUGUUUGCCUGUCUAACUCUGUCGCUGUAACGUGGCAAAGUGGCAGUGGGGCGUUGUCCUACCAGGCUGCGGGUAUCACUGUAGAUGGCAUCCAUAAGACCUACUGCAAUAGCAGCAUGACACACUGUAAUCUAGAGCAUCUGCUGUGCGGGGAGACUUAUAAUGUGUCUGUGCUGUCUGUGGACCACACGUGCAGCAGCGAAGAAAGUUUGUUCACACAAGUGCAAACUGCACCCUGUCCUCCUCAGACCAUUGAUGUUGAGGUGAACUGCUCUGCUGGCUCCAUGACUGUCACAUGGCCAGCCAAUCCAGAUGCACAAUCUUUCCAUGUGAGGGCAGAAACCAGUGGAGGAGCUUUCCUGUCAUGUGAUUCCACUAGCACCAGCUGUUCAAUCAGUGGCUUGCCAUGUGGACAGUCAUAUUCUGUCACUGUAACAUCUGUCAGGGAUGGCUGUGAGAGCCAGCGCAGCACAGCUGUUAAUGUCACCUCAGCUCCUUGUGUUCCUCAAGGAGAGACAGGAAACCUGGACUGUGUUACCAACUCAGCUUGGGUGACUUGGUUACAAGCAAAGGGGGCGGAGUCUUACACUAUACUGGCAGUGGAAAGAGGCGGAGCCAACUCCAGCUGCUCGGCUACAGAUCUGCACUGCAAUGUUCCCGACCUGCUGUGUGGAGCCACCUACACCUUCCACAUUACUGCUGUGAACUCAUUCUGCAGAAGCGCACCAGGCAACGCCUUCGAAAUUCAGACAGCUCCAUGUGCCCUCACCUCCAUCACUGCACACACGGACUGUUACAGCAGCCAUAUCACAGUUAGCUGGCAGCUGAAUGAGGGAUCUUCCUUGUAUGUGGCCACCGCUGAAGGUCAUGACCAAAGCAUUUUGAUAUGCAACAGCACUGGCACGUCCUGUGACCUCUCCGGAGCAAAGUGUGGAAUGCAGUACACCGUUAUCAUUUCUGCGUCCUCCGACAAAUGCAGCAGCUUACGGAGUCCCCCUCUUAAGAUGCACACAGCACCUUGUGCUCCUCAGAAUAUAACCGUGAACCCAGUGUGUGACUCAAACGGCAUGACAGCAGCAUGGUCACCCUCUCUGGUUGCCGAGUCAUACUCACUCACAGCCAGCAGUAGAGAUGGAGAUGUCCGCACCUGCAGAAGCACCACAAACAACUGCACCCUGCUUCACCUGCACUGCGGACAGAUUUAUGACGUUAGCAUAACCGCUUCGGCUGGAAACUGCACCAGCAUGGCCAGUCAGCAGGUCACCUUGUAUACUGUGCCCUGUGAGCCACAGAACAUGACUGUGGAUGUGCAGUGUGACACAGGGACUGCUUCACUCUCUUGGGUGAAGGGCCAUGGUUCUCUGCAGUACUUCACAAUGGCUCAGACCAAGGAUGGGCACACGCUUCACUGCGACACCACGAACACGUCCUGUAGCAUUCACGGACUGACUUGUGGGACGCUGUACAACUUCAGUGCGCUGGCUUCAGAUGGAACCUGCAACAGCUCCCUCACUGUGCCAAUCCAGAGAGGAGCAGUCCCAUGUCCUCCUGUCGCUGUGAGGGUGAGGACCCAUCUGAUGGUCGAUGCUACUCUCGUCAGGGUCUCUUGGAAUCGUGUGUACUGUCCUGACGUCAUGUACCUGGUACGGGUGACCGGUGAUAUCCAGGACAACCCAGAGUUCCUCAUGGACGUGUCAUCCUACUGGACAGACAUCAGCUACUUUGAGUUUCCUGUUCCCUGUAGCACCUCUUACAGUGUGACUGUGUUUGCACAAAACUCAGCUGGGAUCAGCAGACCAUCUCAGGCUGUUACUGGUGUCACAGUGCCCUGUCCACCGGUGAAUGUCACCUUCAGGGGUGACAGUUCCUCUGCCACAGUGGCCUGGAGGUCUUCAGCUCUUACCACAGGAUACAGGGUUUACCAGCUGAGCUCUGACGGCAGGGUGCCAGUCUGUCUCACCUCAAACCUCAGCUGUGAGGUCUCUGGCCUGCAGGCCUCUAAUGUCGCUGUGACAGCCUGGAACAGUGCAGGAGAGAGUCUUGCAUCUAGAGUAGCUUCUGGUCAAGCCUUAAACCGUCGGAAGAGAAAUGUGGAGUUUGCGAAGAUAUAUGCAUCCCUGACUCCUGAGGAGCUGGCUGUUCCUGUGGCCAGGGUCACUGUGACGGGACAGUCACUACAGGUGGAGUGGUCUCUGGUGACAGGGGCGGAGUCCUACACUCUGAUUGUAUACGAGGACACAGAAGAACAGCCGAAGGAGGUCGUGUCUGUGUACAGGACUGAGAUUGCUACAGUUACUGACCUUGAACCUGCAACACGUUACUGCAUCAUCGUGUCUGCCAAAAACAACAACAUCCAGAGCACAUAUUCCCACCCUGUGUGUGUCACUACUGAUGCCUCUGAGUAAACUGGACUGUACAGGACUGUAGAUACAAAACUAACUGAAGCCGUGCUGAGUUCCCCGAACUAGCAUCUUCUCUUUCUUAUAUUCCAUGAUUACUACUCGAAAGAAAUCAGCCUACUUGUCCUUUCAGAAAUCUAAACAAAUAUAAUCCCAAAUUCUUGACUGAUUCCUUUUUUUUUCUAAUGAAACCAAUCAUAAUAAAGAAAUUACUGAAUUUCUGUGAUGUAACAUCUAAAAUAGAAUCAUUUCUGUUGAUUGAAAAACAUAGACAUGGUCACUUAAAAUGAAGAAUAGAUGUGAAGAAAUUACACAUUGAUUGACCAUAGAAACAUGUUGUACUGUAACACAGUUUUUAAAGAAAGUUAUGUAUUUAUCUUAAGAAGUAAUUUUCUGUAACCAGUUCAUAAAAUGAUUCAAUUAAGAAUGUUUGUGAA